AUGAGCUCUUUAGAUGAAGAUUCCACUACUCUUAAAAAACUCCUUGAAAAGUGUUUACAUGAAUAUUUAAUAAUAUGUAAAAGUAAUACUGAUGCAACAGCUAAUGCUCUGAGACUAUACAACUCUCUAACUAUUGCAAAAUUUACAGAAUAUGAAAAAGCUUUGAUUCAUGAUGAUACUUCAGAUAUUUGUGAGUUAUUUAUAUUGAGGAAGGUGCAUAAUGAAGUUAUAGAUAAUUAUAUUGAGUAUAAGAGGAUUAAAAGUUGUUUAUUGAAAUUAAAGAGUUGUAAUUACUCCUUAGAAUUAUAUGCAGGGAUCCUAGAAGAUUACAAUAUUGAGAUAAGUUCACUAGUAAAUAUGUAUUCAAAUUUUUAUAUAUUAAAUAAGAUUUUUUUCACAAGUAAUGAGGAUUCAAGCUCACAUAGAGUUGAUUUUAUUCAUCUUGGUAUGUUUUCAGAAUGGAUGGAGAAGCUUCAUAUGGAUGGUGUUUGUCUCCAUACACCAAUAUACUACAAUAAUUUCUAUGAUGAAUAUCCAAGAUUAUUAACUGCUAUCCAAUAUAAGAUUAUUUGCCUUUGUAAAGAUAGAUAUGGAAUAAAUGAAGAUAACAUUGUAGAGAAUGUAGAUAUAAAUUUAAAUAAUAUCUUUGUUGGAUGGUAUCAAUUAAGAUUUUUGCUUAUUUUAUUUAAUGGAGCAAUUUUUGAGCAUGGAUUUGGAGAUUUUGCAGCAUUACGUUGUAUUAUGCAACUCAUAUAUAGAAUACCCGAAAACAUUUCAAAUAUUAUUUAUCAAUGGUUCGUAGAGGUACCACUUGUAUUUCUGGAAAAUUGUGUUUCAACAAUCCAACAAAUGUUGAGUGUAAGACUAUAUGAAUUUUAUGAUAAUAUGGAUAGCGAAGAAUUAGAUAUUAUGAGAUAUUAUCAACAAAAUCAGAUUAUCGGUAUUAUAGCGAGACUAAAACCAAAAUUUCAAAAUGAUAUCAAACUGGCUUUUUCACUUCUUCGUAUUAUAUAUAAAGCAAAUAAUACUAGAAUGAUGCUAUAUUCUAAUUCAGAUUUAUUGAAUAUAAAUAAUCUUGAUAUUUCUAGUUUUUAUAAUGAAGCUAUUAAUUCUGCUAAGGCAUUACUACAACAUGAACUACGCCAAUGGCUCUUAAACCCAUCAUUAAAUAAUACAGACUUUGAAUUGUUUUCUAAUCCAUAUAUUUUGCAACCAUGGGCUAAAGCUCAGGCAUUACAACAGGAUUCUUUACUCCAGCAACGUCUAGAAUUCCAAAGUUCAAUAACACAUGCUUUAGGAUCUGUUGAAUCACUAUUUACUCCUUCAACACUAAUAGAACCAUUUCUUUUAUUGAGAAUACGCAGAGACUCAAUAAUAAGAGAUUCUAUGGAACAACUAUCGUUACAGAAUAAUUUGAAAAAGCAGCUUAAAGUGACUUUUAUUGGUGAAGAAGGUGUUGAUGAGGGAGGUGUACAAAAGGAAUUUUUUCAACUUUUAGUCCAGGAGAUAUUCAAAGUAGAUUUUGGAAUGUUUAUUUAUUAUGAAGAUACAAGGCUUUUUUGGUUUAAUAUGGCAUCACUGGAAUCAGACGGGGAAUUUGAACUUAUAGGAGUAAUUCUCGCAUUAGCAAUAUAUAAUGGCAUUAUUCUUAAUAUUCACUUUCCACUUGCUGUAUACAAGAAAUUAUUGGGAUUCAAAACAGGAAUUAGGGAUCUUUAUGAAAUACAGCCAGACUAUGCUAGGUCUCUAAUUUCCCUACUUUCAAUUACUGAUAGUGAGAGAUUCGAUGAUUUAUGUCUAACAUUUUCUACAACCAUAAACAAUUUUGGGGAAUUUCAAGUAAUAGCUCUUUCUCCAGAAUCAUAUAGUGCAGAUGAGCCUGUUACUAUUGAAAAUGUUCGGAUAUAUAUAGAUUGCUACAUUGAUUGGUUUUUUAACAAAUCUAUUAAACGUCAAUUUGCUGCAUUUUAUAAUGGUUUUCACAGUAUAUGUGGAGGAAGGGCAUUAGAACUUUUUUCUCCACAGGAACUAGUACAAGUUAUUUGUGGGAGUUCUGAAUUUGAUUUAGAUUCACUUAUUAAUGCAACUAGAUAUCAGGAUGGUUAUACAAAAGAUAGUGAAACUGUGAAGUAUUUCUGGGAAAUAGUUAGAGAGUUUGAUGUUGAUACCCAAAAAAAGUUACUAUUUUUUGUUACAGGUUCAGAUAGAAUUCCAAUGAAAGGUCUUGGUGAUAUAAAUUUUAUAAUUGGGAGAUUCGGUCCUGAUUCUAAUAUGUUGCCGACAGCUCACACUUGUUUUAAUUACUUACUAUUACCUGACUAUAACAAUAAAGAGAAGUUGAGGAAGCUACUACUUAUAUCUCUUGAACAUUCUCAAGGAUUUGGGUUAAAGUAA